AUGCCCACACCAAAUGCCAAUAACGAUGACCAAGAUAGCUAUAUUGCUGGGGCGGACUUCGCACAAGAGGAAACCAGCAUGCGAGAGACACGGACACCAUUGACACGAGACUCGCCAUACGUGAAGCUCGCGCAGAAGAAGCCGAAACUUUCAGAACACUUAUCAAUCACAAUAGGGCCUAUUAUGAUCAUAGUCUUCGAUAUUGUGGUCCCAUGCAUAAUCUACUACAUUUGGUUCGGUAUUCAUCGAUCGCAAUGGGAGAGCAACUGUCGGGCUUACGAGAUAUGCCUUUCAACGAAGCCCGAAUUCAACAAGCAGAUCCUGGGAUACGCUAUCAUCUCCUUUGGCUUAGGUGAGCUCUACAUUCUGGUUGCCCGGGUCUGUCGUCUGCUCUGGCACCCCGAUGAAUGCAGUCCCCUUCUAUCACGCUCGCGAUGGGAGCUCGACGCUACAUCAUGGGUCUAUGGUGUGGCCAUGAUUUGCGCCUUGAUUCCGUUCGUCAUUGGUAGUAGCCAGGAAAUACCCAUGCUCUAUCUCUACUCCCCGGGGUUCAUAAUGGCAUUUCUCGGCAUCCUAAUGCUCAUCACUCUUAUCCCGAUUAAAAUUCCUAUUGGUAUCGACUCGCAGGCGAGAGGGACUUUAUUGCGGCCAUUGAUAUACUACGCAGCUGAAGACUUCAUCGCUGUGGAUGGCCUGCAGGAUCGCGAGUUCCGCAUACGGUACAACGCGCGAUAUGAAUCAUCAAAGAUUUUCAGGCGCAUGCUUCUGGUUCUAACUAUCUGGUGGAUAUUUGGAGUUUGUGUCUACCUUGGAUGUCUGUCGGCCAUAAUAUGGACGUUGGAAUUCCACUAUGCGUUUGGAUUAUCCCUGGGAGUGCUUUUCGCUUAUAUCAUUAUUUGGGCAGCGGUAUCAUAUAUCUGGCUGCAAAGAGAGAUGGCUCGAGAGAAGGCACACGGUAUAUGUAGGUGUUAG